UGGGAUAGGGAAAGAAUAAAAAAUUGUAAAAACCAUGGCUGGUAUCAGUGAUUCAGUGAUUGGGUUGUACUGUAAUAUCAGUAUCAACCAAUAUCUUAACAAAUCGUUCGAUUAAUUGAACUAAUUUCUCUUGCUCUUCAAAAUUUAACCCCAGUUGAAGAAUUUUAGUAGCAAACUACUCCGUAUUAUUGGAAGCUCCAUUGUUAACUCUCUUAGUAGAGUUGAAGAGGUUAUUGUGAAAUCUUGUAUUUGGAAUAUUGGAUUUAAGUGUGCAUUGCAAAUCCUGUAUGAGUAUUGAAGUUUUUGAUGGCUUUAUUCUCAAAUAAUGGCUGCAUUGAAAAGUUAUUACCUGUGGAUUCAACAAUGAAGUUAGUAAAGCCACCCUUGAAUUGCCUAUAUCCUGCAUUUGCUUGUCGUCGGCCUACUAUUGUGUUACCUCACAAGACCCUUGGCUUUUCUAGGAUUAAUGCUUCAUCAAAUCGGCAAUUGGAUGUGAGUUUAUCAGUGUCUACCUCUUCCAAAGAAUGCCUGUGGUUCGAAUUGCCUCGGGCAUUUGUUAAGGCUUCUACCUCGUCGUUGAUGUUGGUUGCUCUUGGCAUCUUUACCUUUUCAUUUUCUAGUAAGGCAUCUAAUGCACUUGCUGCUGUUGAUCCUACUACAUGUCCACCACUUCAAGAGGAAAUCAUUGCUGAAGAUAAAGUUUCAGAAAGAGCUGUGCAAAAUGUGGACAGUGAACAGCAGCGUGAAGAAUUUGAAAAAUGGAAAUCCAAAACAUAUGCUUUGACUGUCCCUUUGAGAGUUGUUGCUCUACAAGGCUCUGUACCACCUGCCUGGAUCAAGGAUUUCAUUCAGUCUCAAGGAAAGAGAUUAAAGCUAAGUGUUCAGUUCCGUGGAACACUUGAAGAUGUUUAUUCUGAACUUUCAAGGUCAAUAAGCAAAGUAGAUGCUUCUCCAAAAUCUGCUAUCACAGCUGAUCUCAUUACUGUUGGUGACUCCUGGCUUGAUCUGUUGAUCAAUAAGUCUAUAAUUGAACCAAUGCAAAUGGCUGAGGAUCAUGAUUGGUUUAAAGGUCUCUCAGCAAAGUGGAAGGUUUUGUUAUUUGACAGCGAAAACUAUCUGAAGGCAUUCAGUGUAGGUGAUGCUUGGGUGGCUGUUGGAUGGAGUAGUGACAUCCUUCCUGCUGCCAAGCGAAUGUCAAAUGUUGCAGUUAUUGCUCCAACGUCAGGAGCCAGUUUGUGGGCAGAUCUGUGGGCUGUGCCAGCUACAACUAAAUGCCCACCAAUGGAAAAACUUGGAGGGCGAAUCAGAGGGCCAUCUCCACUUAUUCAUCAGUGGUUAGACUUCUGCCUACAACCUGCUCGAGAGCUUCCAUUUAAGCAAGGAGUUUAUCCUGGUUCAUUGCCAUCUGCCUUAGAAAAUGUACCUUCUGAAGUCCUUCCCAAGGGCGCCCCAAAGCUGACCACAAAUCUGAUAUCUGGAAUUCCACCGCCUGACAUCUUACAUAAAUGCGAAUUCUUGGAGCCAUUAUCUGAAUCAGCAUUGACUGACUAUGAAUGGUUGAUUACUACAACAGAGAAACCUAGGCAUGGAUUCAUACAACAAAUUUUCACAAAUGCAUUUCAUGCUACCAAGAUGAAGCUACCAUCAUUGAGAAAGAAAAUUGAUGAUUGAGGUGCUCUACUUGUGUAAGAGCAGAAGGAAAUGUCGUACUGUACUCUCUAUAAAUUAUUAUGAUGUUUAAUUCAGCAAUUUUCAGUGAUUUCUUCCUGUUUGGCUGCCUUAAAAAUGGUGUGUUCAUCAGCAUAAUGGUUGGGACUUCUCUAUUA